AAAUAAUCCAUCUGACGUUAGUCAAACAAUUAUCGUUUUUCAUUUCUCGCAAAUUUGUAAUCAACUUCACGUAAUUCAUCAUUCAAUGAAGUGUUUUAUAAACAAUUUUUAUUUUUGAGGGUGUUUUUCAGUGAAUUUAAUGUAUUUUCAACGAUAUUCCACGAUUCCGCGCAAUCAGAAAAUUAAUCACCAUCAAAAAUAUUAUAAUCAAAUGUCAAAAUUUAUAAUCUGUGUAACUUGAAAAAUAAAAAAAAAAAAAAAAUCAAAUUUCCAGUGACAUAUAAUUCAAUUAAAAAUUUUUUUUUAAAUGAUCCCAGAGAAACGAAAGAAAAAUCAACAAAAUUCCAUGAUUUUAAUAAAACAACAAUCAACAAAAGUGAAAAAAUCGACAAUGAUUCCUGACAAAAAUCGUUCACAAUCAUCAACAACAAAAAUUUCAAUACCAAAUGGUCAAAGUUUCUCCACAUGUUACAUUGAACUAUGUAAAAAACGACGAUUACGUCCAUUGCCCGUUAUUUGUGUAACAUUACCUCAUUCCUUAGAUUUUACCACAGAUCGUGUAAAAAUGGAUGAUUGGAAUCCAAUUUUAAAUGCCCUUUCAUUGGAUAAUACUUUAAAAUCAAUUGCAAUUCGUAGCCGAUAUCAAUAUCGUAAACCAAUGGAAAAUGUCACUUCUGAAUUAAAAGCAAGAUCAAUUGGCAAAACACCAGUUGUAUUAACGCGUUAUCUUCUUGAAUUAUUGUCUCACAGUGUUUCACAAUGUAUUAGAAAUUCGUCCGUUUUAACAACACUCGAAUUGGAAGGCAUUCCAUUGCCUUCAGAUUGUUUAGCAGUUUUGUGCGUUGGUUUAGCAAAUACCUCAUGCCUUAGGCAUUUGUCAUUAUUUAAAUGCUACAUUGGCGAUGUAAGUUGUGAAAUGAUUUGCCGGACAAUUGCCGAUGUCAAUAGUAUUCGAACUUUAAAUUUAGGACAAUGUGAUUUAUCAUCUCGUUGUGCAUCAGCAUUGGCAACUGCUCUUUCACGACAAAAAUUACUUCUUUAUCAUGACGCUUGGAAACAAUCAUUAAGAUAUCGAGAACCAAAUAUGGACGCUAUGCCCGGAUUACGAAGACUCACUUUAAAUGGAAAUCCUCGGUUAGGUGAUUCGGGUGUAAAUGAAAUUCUCGAAGCAAUAGUGGAUAGUUUGUGGUUAAAAGCAUUGGAUUUACAACAAUGUGGCCUCACUGAUGUGAUAACUAACGAUAUUAUGGAUCUUUUGGAUUACAAUGAAACAUUAGUUGUUGUUGAUGUGAGAAUGAAUAAUAAUCUACAGGAUGAAUUGGCUGAAAAAAUUGUGAAAAAAUUGGAACAAAAUAAUGCCAAGGGAAAAUCUGAAUAUAAAUGGUUUAAUUUACCAAAAAAACAAUUUUCAAAGGCAAUAAAACGAAAUGAUCGUCAAGAAGAUGGUAAUACAUUGAAAACAAUGUCCAAGAGAAUGAAAAAUCAUUGUCACUCAAUUCUUUCAAAAUCCACUCCAUAUAAAAAUUCUACUAUUGAAAGCAAUAAGGAAAAAUCAUUUUCCAAAUUGAAGCAACAAACGAAAAUUUCCAACGAUAAUUCGAAACAUCUUCUUUUAAAUCUCAAUUCUCAAAUGGAAACUACCGAUGGAUUCAAUAAUUUUGAAUUGGAAAGCAGCAAAGAAGAAAAAGAAGAAAUUCUCGAACAAAACGAUGAAAACAAGAUAGAAAUCGACAUUCAAGAAAUUUUGAUAAAAGACAAUAAGAAUGAAAAUUUAGAAGUAUUGCAACAACAAUUAGAUGAAGCACGAAGGGAAUAUCAAUUUUUAUUGAAACGAACAAAAGAGAAUGAAAUUUUAUUGUUAAAAGAGAGAAUACGUAGGGAGACAACAGAAAAAAAUUUACGAUCAUUACAAAAUAAUAUUACAGAAUUAGAAAAUGUUUUAAGAAAAAAAAAAGAAGAAACACAUGGUUAUUUAUUAGUUAGUCAAAAUUCUCUCAAUGAAAUUUGUUCAUCAUUUGAUAGUUUAAUCGAACUAUUAGAAAUAAAGGCGAAAAAUCAUAAUAUUAAUUCACAAUCAAAUGAGGAAAUAAUUAUUAGCGAUGAUAUAAGAACAAAAAUGGCGAUACUUAUUCGAAAGACAAAAUCUGAAAGUUUUCGACGUGGUUAUUUCACUGAGGAAAUUUCAAAUGAAAUGAAAAAAUAUGCACGUUCAGAGGCAGAUGUGAGAAAUUUAUUACCACUCAUUGAUAUUAUUCAUUAUGAAAAGAAUAUUGGCGAUAAUCCAGAUAUAAUUUCCGAGGAAAAUACAUCAAGAAGAAUGAUAGGGAUGAAUGUUUACAAUGGGGACAAUGUUCGAGUCGAAGAGGAGAAUUUACGAAAAAAAGAAAAUAGUUUUUUACGAAAAGAGGUGAAUUUUCGAAAUGAGGAAAAAAAUUUUCAAGGAGGACGAAUUUUAAUAAAAGAUAAUCAAAAUAAAGAAAAUCAUGACGAUAGUUACGAGAAAGAAGAGGAGAAUAAUAAUAAUUUUCAAAAAAUUAUUGAAAAUUUACGCAAAGGAAAGGAGAAAAAAAUAAUUGAAAUUAACAAUAAUCCAAUAGCAUCGCCGCGUACAAAAGAAAAAGCAAGAGCUAUUUUUAUACAAAUUAUCAAUAGAAAUAUGUCACUGAAUCUCAGUUCACAAUAGAAUAUUUGAAAAAGAUAAAUAUUUUUUAAAUUUAAGAACAGCCUUUAAUAUAUUUUAUAUUUAGUAUCGUGAAGUAUAAUAUACUUAU